CCAGCCCUGCCUGUAUUUUGUCCUCUUUCCCCCACCAUACAAUCCUAUUAGGCUUCGCUCGUUACAUUGUAUCCUUUCCUCCACUUAUCGAGCUCAUCGUGCCGUCCUGUCAGUCUCAGGGAUCCCGCUGCUGAUGACAGCUCCCCGGCCACCGUACACCCCAGCCUGCGGCCUCAGGGCUGAAUGACCGGCUCCUCACCGAGGACUGAGCGACCGCAGCCAUGACCGAAGUCACUAUCGACAAGUCCAAGCUGCCGGGAGUGAAGGAAGUAUGUCGAGAUUUUGCAGUGCUAGAAGAUCACAGUCUUGCACACUCCUUACAGGAACAGGAAAUUGAACAUCACCUAGCCACAAACGUAAAGAGAAACCGUUUGGUAAAACAUGACCUACAGGUAGCGAAACAGCUUCAGGAAGAAGAGGACAUCAGAGCACAAGCCCGGAUUAAACACCGUCAAGAGGAACUUGAACUUUUAGAUGGUGAAAUUGCUCAGGAAAUCCAAGAAAAGCUAGUGAUCGAAGCAGAGCUCAAGCGUAUGCAGGAGGAGAAGGAUGAGGAUAUUGCUCGAGUAUUGCAAGAAAAAGAAAAAAGAAGAAAGAAACAUUACCCACCACGGAGUCCAGAAGAACCUUGUUAUCCAGACAAUGAAGGCCACCAUAGGGGUAGGCGUAAAGACUAUAUAUCUGAAUAUGAUAGACCUCAUAGGCAUGAAAGGCCUGAGCGAAAUCGAAGGGAAAGGGGAGCUCCUAAAUCUGAGCAGUCUUCUUACUAUGAUGAUGAUAGAAAACGAGGACGAUCCGCUGAACCAAGGUCAAUUCCCAGAGAUAACUCUGACUUACAAAAGGAUGAAUAUCCUAUCAGUAAAACAUCUACCAAAAGAGACAGACCUGAAAGGCCACCACCUCCCAGAAAAAGUAAAUAUGAGGAUCAUGAUAAUGAUAAUGAGAAUGCAGAUGAAAUGAAUCCAAUUGAAAACAUGCCUCGAAGGGUGAGAUCUCAAAGUCAUGACCUGAGCACAAAACAUUCUGGCAUUCGAGAACAUCAGGACAGUUCUUAUUCCAGAGCUCACAAAAGAGGUACUGAGGGUGACCACAAGUAUGAGAGGCACAGGCGGAGAACACCUUCUCCACAAGAUGAAAGGCAAUACAGAGAAUCAGGUCAUCGCUCAAAAGGACACAGAGAAAGCCCUCAAGCUAAAGUUGGACCAGGUGUUAAAAAUCGAGAUGUGCGAGAUGCUGACAUCGCUAGGAGACUCCAGGAAGAAGAGAUAAGGGUGCAUACUGAGGAUUACAAAGCAGCACAGUUGGCACAAGAUGAGGAACUGGCUCGGUGGCUAAUGGAAAAAGAACAACAAUCGUAUAAGAAGUCUAAAGCACGAGAAAGGGAAAAGACGUCUGACAGGAAGAGACCAGAUGAUCGAGAGUUAAAUUCAUAUGAUCAUGGAAGACCACGAUCAAGAGAGGAACAGCACCGCUCCCGGAGUGAUAAACCAUACAGACCACUCCCUCCAGCACCAGAUGAAGAUCACAGUGAUGAUCAUGGUCAUGAUUACAUAAACCGUAAUUCUCAAAGCUCCCCAAGGUCUGGUUCAAAGUCACAGUCCUCCCAUAAAGGCUCCUAUAAACCAUGAAAGAUUGAUCCAUUUAGCCAUUGAUGCUCCCAGGACUAAAGACCCCCCCCACCUUCCUUGCUGAUGCAUCAAGGCGCUAGUUGUCCUAUUAGACCUUUGUCUACCCCACUUGUGACAAACACUGUGCAGCAUUAUAUGGCUUCAAGCAGCAAUAGCCAAGCUUAUAUUGCACAAUGUUUCUGCUGAAAGCAUAGAAAAGGACUUCAUAUUAACUAGUUUUGUGACUUUCAAGAGCAGCUCUUUUAGGGAUCAUACAAUCCUUGCUAUUUGUGGUUUUAUUUUCCACAAAUAUUAGCUAUUGUCAUUUAGAAUAUUGAUGUGAGCAAUCAGAGGUACUGUGGCUGGCAUUGUGAAAAUCCUCUUACUCUACAUGUAUUGGAAGCUCUGUGUUUACAAUGCUUACAUUCUAUCAAGCCAUGGAGGUCUCUGUUUACUUUAAUCAACCAAAGCAAUGGUAUCUAUUUUUGGUUUCCAUCAAUAUUUGUGAGAAUACGUCCUAUCAGUAUGCUGGUGCUAGUCGAGGUAUACCUCAGGAUGAUUUCCCGAUGUAUACUUCUGAUUGAUGCCCCUGUAUAGGCAUAGGAAGCCUUAAAGGAGAAUGUCAAAAGGAUUGUAGAAAAGCUCUUAUGAAAAAGAUUCUAUAAUCCUUUUCAUUGGAAUGUAUAAUGAGAUUGUUUUAAACAGUUUUAUAUUUUUAAAUUUUUUACUUUUUUCUUUUUUUAUCUUCCUAUGACCUAACUGAUAUGUUUUCCAUAUUUGGAGGACAGAUCUCCUUGACACAGGAACAAUAAUGACAAUGUCAGGUCCAUAUUUUAUUUGUUAGGCAAGAAUUUUUGUGAUUUUGUGGCCAAAAAUGAGGCUAUGUAUGAAGAGUUGUUCCUCUUAGUGCAAGGAGAUUUUACUAUGUUGGUAAAUGCCUUUUCAUUAUACGACCCUUGCUACCGUUUAACUGUAAUAAUAUUGAAAUUCACUUCAUUAAAAAAAAAAAAAGCUGUAAACAACAUAAAAUUAUUGUGAAAGCGAAAGCCUCCACUAGCAGUUGAAAAGUGAACUUGAUAUGCUGGUAAAGCUACCAUCAUGGAACUGUCAGAUAAGCCUAUAUUACUAAUUUUUUCUAAUUCUGAAGUUGGUGAAGCUAGUCAGAGACGUGGCUUAAAGCAGGAGGAACAUUCAUAUUGUGCAUUAAAAAACAUUGUUCUCAUAGAUUAGUCAUUUCUCUCAUUUUCAGAUGGAAAAUUAUAAACUAGUAAUAUAAAUUUCUUAAUAAUCCCCAAGGUAUUUCCUCAGGAAAGGCUGCUUGUUACACUUGGUGAUGCUGUAUCAUGUUUGUCAUCCUUUCGUAAACCAAUUUCCAGUGUUAUGACUAAAACUGCACAAUGUAUGUACAAGAAAAAAAGAAAUCAAAGUGCCAUUUUUAAUGAUUAAUUUUGUACACACUCUUAAGUUUGUGUAUCUUCUGGGCAGCCAGAUUUUGCUUCAGAAUACCAUGUAUUUUUAUAUUUUUAUUCAUAUUUAUUGUUAUGGUGUAUUAGCCUGUUGUCGAGGUUGUUAUGUAUUUUUAACUAGCAUGACUGUUUUAAGACUUUGGAAGACUACAUAGAUGCUGCAACAUUUUCUCUUUUUAAAGGUAAAUUACUUCCAUCUGCUAUAAAGUUAUUUUGGGCCUUUCUUUUGGGGGUUGAAAAUAGGACCCUUUAAGGUCAGUGGUCUCAAACUGUAGCCCUCCCAGAUGUUGCAAAACUUCAAAUCCCAGCCAGCUCGGACAGCCGUUUGCUGUAGCCAAUGGUUGUCUAGGAAUGCUGGGAUUUGAAGCUUUGCAAAAUCUUGAGGGCCACAGUUUGAGACCAGUGCUUUAAGUAAUUAAUUUUAUCAUUUAACAAUUUCACAGUCCAUUUUAACAUAACUUGUGGUAUACAGAUAGAUCCCAUGGAGACAGAUAUGUGGCCGUUGCCUAUAGCAAACAAUCACAUAGUAAGUUAGCUUCCAGCAGGAAAAUGACAUCGGGAGUCUGACUGGUUGCUAGAGGUAGCAACAUGUUUUUAUUUGCAUUGCUUUUGAUACAUGCUCUUUGUUAAAUGUAUUGUCGCAGUACAAAGGAUGGCUAUUUUGAUUGUAUAAAUCAAGAAUAGAAAUAACAGAUGGUAAUAAAUAAAGGGUAUGUCCUCCUCUGAGCACCAUUAACAGUGGCAUGGAAGUAACGGUUAAACAGGGCUUCUCCUGUCUUAAAUUUUAUUUUAUUUUUUUCGUAACAAAUACAGCCUUCACACUUUGGCAUAAAUACAAAGAUAGAUCCUGCUUGUCCAGCGCUAACUAUACAGAUCACAUUCCUGUCAUUACAGGAAGCCUACUACCAGCCACCCAACGCAAAAGUCUCACACCAUUUCCCCCUAUGAGGCUGCAAACCUCCAGAUUGAAACUCAUCAGUGGUGCAGGUUCCUCACAGCAAACUGACUCUCCCCUUUGUUUUAAAGCUUAGUGAAGAGCUGUCUUCAGCACAUGUGCUGACCUGGGCUAAACUGAAAACCUGUAGUAAUCCAGGAAGGGGAUGAAAGACCCCACUACCUGCCUUUCAUCCCUUAUCAAUACAGGCCCGCUACCAGGACUUACCAAAAGUCAUUAGAAAACCCUUGUAAGAUAAUUAACAAUUGUUGGAUUUUCCUUUUUAAUACAUUAAUUCAUUUGCAAUGUAAAUUGUGCUCAGUUCCCAUGCGUUCCUGCAGGACUUUAUCUCUGAUUAUAUGCUACUAACUUUUUACAUUACAUAAAAGUCUUCUGAUCCUUUCAUAUAAGCCAAACAUCUAAUGUUUGUGGUCUCCUUACAGUCUCCCCCUAACAGCAGAUUUUGUUGGGGACAGAAGAUCCGGCGUACUGAACUUGCAGGUACCCAUUUUUUUUGUUGUUUUUGAUGGUACAGUCAAGAGCAAUAGCUGUGUGCUGAAUAAGCAUGUCUCUGAGGAUGUUUACCCAGCUUUUUUUUACAUUGUAGAGAAUCAGAUGGGACACACCUAAUUUUUUUUUUUCUUUUUUGCUUGGCCCAAAUUUUCUACCACGCCGACUGGGAACAACCACCAUCUUAUGCCAUAAUAUUUUGUAUUCCUAUCUAAAAGGUCUUCUAUAAAAUUAAUAUCAAAAACCUACAUGGUUUUUGUUAGAUUAACCCUUGGCACUUUGGCUGAGGGUUGAGUAAUGUGGAGAGAGAACGCGCUACUGGUGCCCUGGCUUAGCAAAGGUGUUGUGAGCAGACAUUUUAAAAAACUGCAACAGCACAGAGAGGUAGGGUUUACAUUAAGUACUGAACUGCUGCUCGGAUGAGGAAACUUUUUUUUUUUUUAAGAUUUUAAGGCACAAUGUGGUUUCUUUGUAGAAUUGAGACAGGUUGUAGGUAAACAGUAUAUGCUUUCUCUGCUCCUCUUCUGCAGUUAGCAAUAGCUAAGCCCUGCCUCCACAUCCUCUGUUCCAUCUUGGUCUUUCUGUUACCAGAGAUUGACUGACUGACUGACUGACUGACUGACUGAGCCAACCAACCAGUAGACAGCAGAUUGCAGAGAAGUAGGAAACCUAGUUGCUUCUCUAGGAUAAGGAGUCAUUAGACCCUUUUUAAGGGGUUAAAUGACUGACCUCAGUGUGAUUUGCUAAUGUCAGUCAUUGAAGGGGAGUGUCUGCUGCUGAUAGCAGCCAACACCCUUUGUCUAUGAAGCGAGCUCAGCUACUGAGCUUGCUUCAUAGUCCAUUAGAACACCAUAAAUGUACCACAGUCUGCAUUAAGGUGUUCGAAUAACUUUCACUUAUCACAAAGCCAGACUGUACAGCUAUUAGGAAGAUCUAUUUUUUCCUCAUCUGUGACUUGUUCAUUUUCUACACAUGAAAAGAUCUUGGCAAACAAUAUAAGUGCAGUGAUUAGGUUAUUAUUUUUUUCAAAGAUUGUAUCAAUUGUUACAGUUUUUCUAAGGGUGUAUAUGUUUAACCCUUACAUAAAUAUGCCUGGUGUAAAGAUUGCACUUCAAAGAAUCAGCACAGACCUUGCUUGGUACCUUAUGUUCAGUAAAGAAUGCUGGAGAGUUCUACUUUUGAUGUGUUCCAAGAAUUUUACUCCAGACUAUAAAGCAGGUUGUAACUUUGCACUAGUAGAAGAAAAGGAAAGCAAUUAGUUUUUUUGUAUGUACACUAUAAAAUGGUGCUGAAAUGGGGACACACCCUUUAAAGGGAAUUUAUUUUGACAACAGGCAUAUUAAAUUGAUCACUAAACCAUGGACUAUAAUCUCAGGGCAUUAAACGUCACCUGUAAUGAUCUAAGACUAAGAAUGUGUUUUCUUGUUUUUGUUUUUCUUUACACUUAGGGCACUUUGCUCUACUUCGCUGAUAAUCAUGUUAUAAGUUUGGUUUUUGUCAAUACUUUUCUUAUUGGUCCUCUAUCAUUUGUAAUGAAUUGCACUGGAGCUAUGUAGCUCUGGAAAUAAUGUAAUGGGUGUAACCUACUGGUAUUUUUUUUUUUAAACUGGCCCAAAAAUUUUGGGUUGUGCCAAACACGUCUUUGCACUAUGCAGAUGAAACUUGGACCUUUUAGCAGAGACUUUGAACCAGAUGAUAAAAUGUUUUCUACAGUAAAUUUUAACUAGAUGAUCCAACAUUUAAAAGCUAAGAUUAUUAAGAACAGUCAAGGAAAUGUAUCAGGCUUUAUAAGAUGGUGCUCCUUAGGUUGUAAACUGUUACAUCUUAGUUUUUAUUUUUUUAAACACAUUAGCCCUGAUUUACUAUUUUAAACCCGACAUGUUUUGUCGGGAUGUGUGUCAGAUUCUGGCACAUUGCGCCAGAAAUUCUGUCUGUGCCAGAAUUGAAAAAACCUGACUAAGGGUGCGUUCACACACUAGUAACUAGCAACGGGUUUCCCGCUUCAGGAAACCCACUGCGAGUUACGCCACCAUUCAUUUGAAUGGGUCCGUGGACAGUCUGCAAAUCUGACACUAUUGCAGACUGCCUGUGGACCCAUUUAAAUCAAUGGUAGCAUAAAUCGCAGCGGGCAACCCGCUGAGAGUAAUAGCGUGUAAACGCACCCUAACUCUCCAUUUUACUGAGAGAACCCGAAAGGGGGUGUGGCCGGCGGGGAAAUUGGCCGUGGUUGCCGAAAAGGGGGCGUGUCUCGACAUUCUCACAAAAAACCAACAUAUUUUACUAAGCUUUCCACAGAAAAUGUAGUAGAUUUGAGCUGAGGAAAACCCUACAGAACAGAGCUCAUGUGUGGAGAAAAAAAAAAUGUAGACACACAAAAAAAAACUACACAACACUAUUAGUAAAUCAGGGCCAUUAUCUUAGUAGCAUAUUCUUUGUUUGGAGAUGUUUUAAACUGAUUCUAUGUAUGGUAAAUAUAGUAUUCAGGACCUAUAAUUAUAAGUAGUGUCUUGGUUCACUGACUAGAUACUGUUGACUUUUCAGAAGGCUAACACAUCAGUCUGAUUUCUUAAAACUAGUGCAGGCAGAAUGUGGAAAAGGUAUCCAUAGCCAUCUGACCACUUCUUUUAAAGGAGGACUCAACUUUAGCUAAAAUUUUAUCCCCUCUCCACUGAGAUCACUUGUCUCAGCUAAGAGGACUAUCACCCUUCAACACAAGGAGGGUGUCUCGGAAGGUGGGAGCCGGUGUUUUGGAACACUCAGCCGGUUUUGGAACACUCAGCCGGUAGAAGCUGAGUCUAGAGGUUAAAAAGGCCCUGUGUGAGAGAUGGCUAGGGAUCACAGAGGUUUAACACCCCCACCCUCCCACAUAGGCUUCUAGAUCAUAACCAUCAGCAAUAUGUUGUAUCAAACAUAGACAUGAAAAAGUGCUGGAGGACACAAUGUGCCUGUUGGCCAGAUCUGUCAGUGUAUCUUCCUGCCGACGGUUGCCAUUUUUCACAUGCUGCAAUGGGAUAUUUACUCUUUCCAUUUUGUCACUUUGUGUGGACUUUUUUCUUAAUGCCCCAAGUAUGCCCAGGCGUGAUUUGCUCUUAUCUAGUGAAAAUCACAUUUAUUACGGGGUAUUUUUUUUGGGAUGUGAGCUGAUGCAUCUCGUUCACUGUUAUCAGGGGGCAGUCAUAACACCAAUAAUAUAAGGUCAUUUCAUAAAGAACCACUUAGACUAAGAGCAUAGGGUGUAUUCACACAUACAGUUCCCUGUGCAUAUUUAUUGUGCAGAAUUUGAAGCUGAAGAGUUUAUGCUGCAGAUUUCAAUGUAGAAUAAAUGAUUAAACACCGCUUCAAAUCCUGUGCAGUAUAUUGUAUGAAUAGACACUAGAGGUGGAAGGAGAACAAUUAUAUAUAAUUAUAUAGGAUUAUAUUAUGUGGCCCAUAUUAGUUUCUGUGGAUAUUCAUACUUGGAUUAUACACGUAAGCGUAUUGAGUGGUCAAUCCACCAUAAUGAAAUGAAAUAAAGCAAAAUCCUUUUAUUUCAUGCUUCCACUAAGAAUGAAUAAUCAAAUGUAUGAGAUAAGCAGGUAUAUGACAUAUCAACACACCCUUCAGAAACUAACUGUAUAAACUACCAUUUGAUUAUCCUAGUGCCAUAAUGUUUCCUAGAUCUGUGUAGCGUAAAAGCACAGUCAGUUUACUUUAGAUGGAUAUAUUGGGAUUAAGACUAAAUCAACUGGUGCCAAAAAGUUAAACAGAUUUGUAAAUUACUUCUAUUAAAAAAAUCUUAGUCCUUAGCUUCUGAAUACUACAGAGGAAAUAUUUUUUCUUUUCUGUCUGUCCACAGUGCUCUCUGAUGACAUCUCUGUCCAUUUUAGGAACUGUCCAGAGCAGCAUAUGUUUGCUAUGAGGAUUUUCUCCUGCUCUGGACAGUUCCUGACACGGACAGAGGUGUCAGCAGAGAGCACAGGGGACAGACAGAAAAGAAAUCCAAAAAGAAAAGAUUAGUUGCUGAAUACUACAGAGGAAAUUAAGUACUGGAAGGAUUAAGAUUUUUUUUUUUUUUUUUUAAUAGAAGUAAUUUACAAAUCGGUUUAACUUUCUGGCACCUGUUGAUUUAAAAAAAAAAAAAAAAAAAAAAUUUCCACCGGAGUACCCCUUUAACCCGUUAAGGACACAGGGCGUACCUGUAUCCCAUGACAAUGCCUGGGGGGGUCCUGAGACCCUCCCCCCCCCCCCCCCUCCCCCCCCCCCAUGUCAGCGAUCGCCACAGAUGUCCGGUGAAUUUACACCAGCGAUCUGGGGCGAUUCCGGUCAUACGGAUCACGUGUUACCCGAUGACCCGUAAUUAGAAGGUGAUAGGCGGUGUACCAUACACAGCCAGUCACCUCCCCAAGAGCGCUGCUAUUGGUCCGACCAAUUGCAACCAUCAAAUGAGGGGUUAAUGUCCCCUUCUCUCAGCUCUGCUCACCCACCUAGCUCAGUCAGCGGGCAGAGCUGAGAGAAGGAUCUGUUGAAGAUCUGUGUCCCUCAGGACUGAAGAAGUGCUGCUAGUUCAAGGUGAGCUUCAGUACAGGGACGGGUAGGAGGUUAAAAAAAAAAAAAUCCCCCCCAUGACCCCCUAAUAGGUCCUUAAGGGUCCGCCGCAGAUUUUUCAGCGUGACCCGGCCCUAUUAGGGUUUCAGCACGCUGCAUUUUCUUUUUUUGGCCGCAGCUUUUUUUAUUUUUUUUAUUUGUAUAACGGUGUGUGACUUACAAUCACACACCGUUAUAUAAAGUACAAACACACUUCACUGGCUUAUUCUGGAGAUCACUUGUGGUCUGAACAUUUAGACUCCGACCGAUCAAUCCUUUUUGAAAUGGACAUAUAAAUCAGUAACAAUAUUUUUUUAAAUUAAAAUAUCUAAUGAAAAAAAGUCUUUUAGAUCCAUGCUGGUAGUUUUCAACCUGUGCCUCCUUCAGCUAUUGUAGACGAGGCUUUUUAGGAUUCAUAGCUGUAAAAAAAAAAAGGUCAACAGAUAGAGUUCCAACCUAAGGCAUAAGAAGAUAGCAUAUCUCCAUAGACUGGUACUUCCAGAUAGUUUUUUACUUUUUUUCCUGUUUUUGGUGAGGACAUGUGUGUUAUAGAUAAGCUACAGAAUAACUCAUUGUGCUCAGUUCAUUUAUUUCUGCCUGUUAUAAUCUGCUUAAAAAGUUAUAUAUUUAGCAAUAAAGUUUACUGGAUUGCUUCUACAGAAUAGCAAAUAUUUUUCUUGGAUUUAAUACUCAUUCUUAUACUAUGUAUUUAUUCCUGUUUUUUGUUAUAUGCUGGUUUGGAAUGUAUUUUGUGCCAUUUUCUAUCCGAAUCUAUAGCUUGAGAAAAACUUAUUUUGUGCUACACUGGUGUUUUAGCUGUUGAGUGCUGGAAAAGUCCAGCAAUAUCUAUAUAGUACUUGUUGACAGGUAAGAUGGAAGAGUGGAAUAGGACAAUUGUUCUAAUGGUAGGUUUAAUGAGACUAUCCUGUAAAGCUCUAAGAACAAUGGCAAAAUGUCCAGUGAGCAAAUCCAGGUAGUUAUAUGCAUAUCUAAUCUUUUAAAUGCACACUUCCUAUAGUUCAUCUAUGCAAUUCCUUUUCGACUGUUCAUGCUGUAUGUAACAGGUUUUGAUAUGUCAAAAUAUUAUUUGACCAAAGCAUCAUAUAUUGAAUGUAUUCAUUUACAUAUCCUGAACUCAUGAAUGUUUAUUGAAUGUUAUCUGUAGCUUGUCUUGUUCAAUAAAACUUAUUG